GUUAAACCGAUUGUGCUCCUGUUCUUACCCACUACAUCAACCAACCAUCAAAAUGAAGCACCUCGCUGCCUACCUCCUGCUCGGCCUCGGUGGAAACACCUCCCCGUCCGCUGCCGACGUCAAGGGCGUCCUCGAAGCUGUCGGUAUCGAAGCUGACGACGAGCGGCUGGAGAAGCUCCUCGGUGAACUGAAGGGCAAGGACAUCGACGAACUCAUCUCCCAGGGCUCCGAGAAGCUCGCCUCCGUCCCGUCUGGCGGUGGUGGUGCCGCUGCCGGUGGCGCUGCUGCUGGCGGCGCUGCUGCUCCCGCUGAGGAGGCCAAAGCCGAGGAGAAGGAAGAGGAGAAGGAGGAAUCCGACGAGGACAUGGGCUUCGGUCUCUUCGACUAGGCGCGUCGCUAACUUCGACUUACCGAGGACGGAUUGCCUGGCCGGUUUCUCUGCAUUCACGGGAAUCAUGCGAUACGAAAAGGAGCAUUUGGGUGGUGUCGAGCGUGCUAUCAAUGGGGUUAUGGGAACGCUUUGCGGCAACCUUCGAUGUUCGCUGCUAGGAUACAUUGAAUGAAGUCAUGCACCCCCAACUUUUACUUCAGAUUCGUGUUCCGAAAUGUGUGGAAAUAGGGGAACUGUGCUAUAAUACAAAGGGAUCAUUUUAGGGCACGAAAGAGGCCGUGCUGUCUCCAUACAUUCUAAAAUUGUUGAC